AUGCAGACGUCAAACGUUCAGAGUCGCAUCCAAACUCAGCCGCCUCUCUUCCAGCUACUCCAAUCGCAUCACUCGCUCAAGGACCAGAUCGUAAAUAUGGCAGCCUCGAAUUCCGCAGGCAUCCAGACCCUGCUCGACGCGGAACGAGAAGCGCAGAAGAUUGUGCAGAAAGCUCGAGAAUACCGAACAAAGCGAGUAAAGGACGCACGCUCCGAAGCGCAAAAGGAGAUUGAAGACUACAAGAAGGAGAAGGAAGAGGAGUACAAGAAGUACGAGAAGGAGCAACAAUCCGGCAACAAGCAGGCCGAGGAGAAGGCGGAGAAGGACACACAGCAGCAGCUCGAGGACUUGAAGCAGUUAGAGAAGAAAUCGGGACCUGGAGUCGUGGACGACCUUCUGAAGGCGGUGGUCGAUGUGCGGCCGGAGGUGCCCGAUCGCAUGGAGCAGCCUGUGGUGUGA